UCUGCUGUUCCUGGAUUGAUUGGUUCGUUGACAGAUUUUGAUGCCCGAUGUGCGCCUCUCGAGCCAGAUGCAUGAGUUUGCGUGGGUUAGGAAGGUGUCUCUUUCCUCGAUCAUGUGAAUGACAGUAUUACUGGCAAUAAUUGCGCGAGUCCGGGACGAGAGCGCAGUGCAGAGAAUUGUGGCGCGUGUUGCUGGCAGUCAGCCCCGCAACUUUUCCUCCGAGACGAAUCUGGCCCGGGUUUAGGGACGAAAAGGAUGGGGGAAGGGACGAGUAGAGCAAAAGCCAAGCCAAGCCAAGCCAAAGGCCCAAGCGCACGAAAGUGAAGUGGCCGCCGGGCUCGUAAAUGAUUUUCGAUGCUCACAGCCCCCGCGACUGACUUUUCGAAAGUGGAUAAGGAGAAGAAAGGAUGGGAGAUGACGCUGUCCAUCUUUUGGGCCCGAGCCCAAGUAUUUUCCUCCUGUUGUGCUGAACCCCCGAAAUACCGAUAUUCCAUUCCAGAGCCCAUUUGCGCCUACCGUCCUUGCUCAUCUUCUUGCCUUGCCUUGCCUUGCCUUGCCUUGUAAUAGGCCUGGCGAGCCCGAGCCCGGCCGAGCCACCGACCCGGGCCUGCCCUGAUUGCGUGCUCGGUCGUUUGCAGAGCGUCCUCCGCUCGCAGCACGGACGGACCAGUCUGACACCCGCGGCCCUCGUUCACUCUCCGCGGACACUCUUCUUUGUUGGGCUUUCAACUCCAUAGCCCGGUGCUCUGUUCCAGAUCCCCGGCAGGCACCGGCCGAACCCAACGCUUGCUACUACGACUACAGUACCUGGACUGGCGCUGCGGCUGCUGCUGCUGCUGCCACUACUACAUCAUCAGACUGGUGCUCUGUCGCCUACUUGGGCUUCUAUUUGUUCGCAGCACCAGUCCCAGUCCCUCUUGGCCUUGCUUACACGCACGCAGCACGCAGGCACGCACGCCCCUUUCUUCGCCCGCCCCAUCUCACCGCCUCAUUUACUCGCUUUACCCCUUCUGCUGCUUCGCGACUUACUUUUGCCGCGGGCCGCAGAGGAUUUCUGCUCCGUUCUAAUCCCUGCCUUCGCACGACUUACGUCUAGUACUAGUUCCUUGCUUCGCAUCCCAUCAGCACUCUCUCCUGCCCCUGCUUCGUCCCUGCUCUUCUUGAAUUCUGCAUCCCGAGGCGACAUAAUUCGGUACAGGACUAUCAGGGACGCCGGGCAGGGGUUGCGGGCGUGGGGGCCGAUGGAGAGGCCGAGCGAUGUGGCAGACAUGGGAAAGGAAGUUUGAGCAGGACGAGGAAGAGGAGCAUAGAGAAUGUGGGUUUGCUUUCCUGACUGGGCUGCGUAGGGUUGGGUGUGGGAAAUGUACGAGAGAGGGUGAGGACGCAAGGUAGGAGACAGUGAGGCAGGUUAGUCGAGCGUGAUUGAACCUCCCUAGGAUCUUUUUGUCACGUUUGGGUCAGAGUCAGGCGCAGUCAUGGCGGGCUUGGAACAACUGAAGAAGAAGCUGUCGCCGUUAUUGGACAUGAAUCAGAGUCUGAGACCCGACUUAUCCAUCGAUUGUUCUGCUUCUUACAAGGUUACGGAAGCAGGCUGCUUGAACCUACUGAGUAGAUCUUGUGCAGAGUACAAUAUCAAUGAGCUCGGUUUACAAAAGAGGUCUUCUUUAUCCAUGGAUGACAAGGAUGGUGAAGGAGCGAGAGAGAAAACUUAUCAGUGUGCUUCACAUGAAAUGUGUGCAUUCGGAGCAAUUGGUUGGGGUGCCAGUAGUGUUGUGCGGAAAGCCAUUCACAUACCAACACAUCGAAUACUGGCCUUGAAGAAAAUCAAUGUCUUCGAGAAGGAAAAGCGCCAGCAGUUAUUGAACGAAAUCCGAACACUAUGUGAAGCUCCGAGGAUAAAAGGACUUGUAGAGUUCUAUGGGGCCUUUUACUCUCCCGAUAGCGGACAAAUAAGCAUUGCCUUGGAGUACAUGGAUGGAGGCUCCUUGGCAGAUAUUGUGAGGGCCAAAAAGUUCAUCCCCGAGCCGAUACUGUCUGUCAUAACGCGGAAAGUACUACAUGGGUUGCAAUUCUUGCACGCAGAGAGGCAUUUAGUCCAUAGGGACAUAAAGCCAGCGAACCUUCUCAUCAAUCUCAACGGGGAGCCCAAGAUUACCGAUUUUGGUAUUAGCGCAGGCCUUGACAACUCCAUUGCCAUGUGUGCGACAUUUGUGGGUACAGUUACUUAUAUGUCUCCUGAAAGAAUCAAUAAUGAAUGCUACUCUUAUCCAGCUGAUAUUUGGAGUCUGGGGCUAGCUUUACUUGAGUGUGGAACUGGUGAAUUUCCAUACAAUGCCAACAAAGGACCUGUAAAUCUCAUGCUCCAAGUAAUGUAUGACCCGUCUCCUUCUCCACCGGCGGAUCGGUUUUCCUGGGAAUUCAGGUCAUUUGUAGAUGCCUGUCUGGCUAAAGAAGCUGAAGCCAGGCCUACAGCAGAACAGUUGCUUUCUCAUCCAUUUAUUCAGAAAUACGAGAAUGAGCAAGUCGACCUAGCAGGAUUUGUACAUAGCGUGUUUGAUCCUACUGAGCGACUCAAAGACCUUGCAGAUAUGCUUACUGUUCACUACUACAUGCUAUUCAACGGCCCAGAUAAGAUGUGGCAACACAUGAAGUCCAUUUAUCGGCCCAACUCCUGUUUGUCUUUUGCAAAUCAGGUGGUAAGUGGAGAUGACAUUUUUGAUACCCUCACAGAAAUUCGCAACAUGCUAGCAGGGGAGCGACCUGAGGAGAGAUUGGUGCACGUAAUUGAAAAUUUGUCUUGUUGUGCCUAUUCCAAACGUGGAAUCAUGAUACGCGUAGCAGGCUUCUUUGUCGUUGGAACACACUUUGUCCCAACAGGAGAUGGAGUGCAAGUCGAGGGCAUUUUAACUAACCCUGCUUUGGAAUCUCAAAAGCGACGUAUGGGCAGUUUUAGUGAACAAUUUGUUAUGGAACCUGGAGAGUCGACAGGCUCUCUUUACAUCUCCAAACAAGACCUAACUAUCCAACAAUAGGUUUCAUAUGAAAAUCCAACGGUCUUAGCAUCUUGUAUCAAUGUGAGAGAUUAUUAGCGUUUGUAGUAGUACCAAGCACAUAUAACCAAGCUGAUCCAUAACCUAUGGACAACUUGAAAAACAGCGGGGUUGCUUCCCCCUUCAAACAGAUAAACCUUGCUAUUGGGUUCAGCAUGCUGUAGUCCCUCCUUAUAGGCCGUGGGCUAGUUACAAUUUUCCUUGUGGCGUGUUUGAGUUGUUGGGAAAAGCUUGCUCCCACAUCAUGCUCACCGAAUAUCAAGUGCCAGCUGGGCUCCCUACUUCUAGUGGAGCUUCUCUAAGUGAGCUGAGCGGUGGAGGAACCAGUCCUCGAAGCCGGUAUUUCAGCUUGGGCUGAUUUAGUUCAUCUGUUUUCAGUUUGAGCUAUGCUCCGAUUUUAACCUCAAAGUGCAUCAUCCCGCCGCUCCAUUUAGAAGCAUUCAUCCAUUCCUGGACUACAAGCAGACAAACGAAUGAUCGAGGGAAUGGUUCUGUAUAAAGCCUGUUUGUUUCAAAGGUGGGUGUUCACUACCCAGGUGCUUUCUUGUAAAGAACGAUUUUAUGCAGGGCUCCAUCGUGCUGUAUCAAGACAGCAGCCCUUCUAAUCUAUGACAAUGACUUCGCAUAUAGGAAAUCAGAACCAACUGCCGGAUGAGUAAGUUUGUUGUAUCUACGCUAGGAGUUUCUCACUCUAGCUGCUUUGUUUUCUCUGCGCUAUGAGAAGACUUCGGUGCACUCUGCUGUGUUGUCGUCCCAUCAGGUUAUCAGUCACAUUUAUCAGUAAAGGCCAUGGUAUUUGGGCAGAUAUUUUUUUAUUUACAGCAUAGGGGUGUCACUUGUAUCAGCAACCGCAAUUCGAGUGUCGAUUAUUGAUGCUUGCACUGAGAAUGCAGUUUGAUGUCUAC